AUUGUCAACGUAAACUUGUUUAUAUAUUUACUAAUAACGAAUCCAAUAAUUAGAUUGAUAAACUUAAAUGUAAAAGAAGCAGCAUGCGCCGGCAUGCAUGGCUUGGGGCCUGUUCGCGUUUAGCCGAGACGGCCGCCAUCGCCUGGCCGGCGUGCUGCGCGCGCUGCUCAUCGCGCAGCUCGUGGUCUCGCUCUGCAUGCUGAUCUUCUGUUACAACGCUUCGCAUAAGGUCAUGAUGCUGCUCAAGGAUAUUCAUAAGGUAGCAGUGGUUCUUCUCCACGGCCUCAUAAUAUUCCAAGCGUACGCGAUGAAGCUGCACUACACGAGCGGACUGCGACUCGUCUCAUGGCUGCUGAAGUUCUCGCACUGGUCGCGCUCGGCUAAAGUCUGCCGCGUGUGGCUUAUCAGUGGCACGCUGAUCGCGCUCAACGGCUUAGUGGUGUACAGUGCGCUCAACGGGACGCUUCAGGCUUUGACCAAGGAACUCUCCACAUCGUUGCGAGACGGUAUAGCGCAGUACCUCACGGAGCCUACUUGGAAACGUGUUCUAGAUACAAUUCAGGUGGAGUUAAGCUGCUGCGGCGCGGACUCCCCUAACGACUGGCACGAGAUCCCAUGGAUCAACAUAAACUUCUUCAAUGAACAAUCCGACACUAUUAUGAUGAUUGCGGGUGCUGACGGCAAGGUGGUGCUUCCAGUAUCUCCGUACUCGUGCUGCACCCCUCGAGUGCUCGCCGCCUGCUAUCACGACCCUUUGCAGCAGUCAGAAUGGCGCGAAGUUUGGGAGGAAGGUUCUCCGCUACUAUCGGCCUCGCUCCACACGCGCGGCUGCGUGGAGGCCGUGAGCACACCGCUCACUAAAGCUCUCCUGAUACUACACAUUCUACACGUGUUGAUAGUGCUGUUCCAAGUAUUCAUCGUAAUAUUGACUCGGUUGCUGGCUACCAGCGCGGAGGACGCGGUGUUGCACGGGGACUGCGACGGCGUCGGACAGGGCUACAUCUUCUCGAGGUCGCCCAAGGAACGUAUACGACGCGAUCUAAGAGAGCGGGCACCCUCGUCACUGUCGCUGAUGGGCAAGUGUAGCACCUGCGCGUUGCUGCUAGACCGCCAGGGCUGCGUGCUGUGCGUACGCAGCCCGCGCACCCACCGCGCAUGCUUGCACUACCCUUGAAGACGCCACGCCACGGGUGUUCCGGGACGAAACUCGAGUCAAUUGGAAAUAUCAACAGCUUGGGCUCAAAACGUUUCUCCAUCGCUGAUACGAGUAUCUGCGUCACAUUGAACUAAAGUUUUACAUGUCUACGAGUCAGUUGUUGGAAUAUCGAAUCCCGUAAGCUUGCCCGCGCCAAAGUAAGUGGAAUCUAGAUGAAUUCAACUGAAACAAAAUCUCAAUGGAUACUGUCAUCCUCAAUUAAUUCGAAGCUUCUGUUUGAAUCCUCAAUUAAUUCGAAGCUUCUGUUUGAGAUAACCGUUAUUGUGAUUGUUUCUCAGUGUGUUCAUGCUACGAAUACUUUAUAGUUAGAGACUCGAAUAUACGUAAUUAGCUAACGGAUAAGUAACAGUAAUUAACCAUAAAAUUUUUGUUCGUAAGUAAAUAUUUGUACAUAAGGUUUGUAAAUAAAAUACUUGAUGUAAUCAAUUGCAAAGGCUU